UCUAUCGUCAAAAAUCAUGAAGAAAAUAUGGAAUAAUAAAAUUCACUUAUUCAAAUACAGGGUGAGUCUUGUAACACGACGACCUUGAAUAACUCGUAAGGUAUUCGUUGUACGACAAAAUGUUUCAAACAUUUACUGCCAUACAGUGGUGAACCUAAUUUAUUUAAUUUUGCCUGAUUCGGUAGCUUCCGGAGAAAGGCGUUUUUCCAAAUUAGAAAUGAUUAAUAACUAUUUACGUUCUACAAUGAGUCAAGAAAGAUUAACUGAUUUUUCAAUAGAUACAUUAAAUAUAUAAUGUAUAUUUGGUGUAAUUUACCAAUCAUGUAUCAUGGAAAAGGGCGGUAAAUUUGUCUUGCACACAAGCGCCUCUUACCCACGUGGCGGCCCUGUACGGGCCGAUUAACAAUUAUUUCAAAGGAGAAAAACCGUGAAAGAUAGACAGUAACCUUGUUCCAGUAAAGUAAUACCAAAGUAAAAACUUUUCAACGAUAUUACCUUGUUUUGUCCCGAUUUCCAGUUGCUCUAUAUAAGAACAUCCACGGAUUUCGAGACAGUCGAUUUUCCCUUGAAAACGUGAACGCGUUUCAUUCGAACGUACACUUUCGAGGUGUUAUUUACCGGUUGUUACGUCUCUGAUUAACGUUCUGAUCGCGAUAACUAAUACAUUAAUCGGCGAUCGAGUUAGCUAGAAACCGAUAUCUUAAAAAGAUGGAUCCUCAGAUCGUAACCGACGAUGCCGAUGAUUUAGAUCGGAUUCUAAAAGAGCAAUUUACUGCAGAGUUUCGCAAAGGUUACAUCACCGUAAAUGGCGUUUGCUUGCCGCAAAGAUUCGACAAAUUUGCACAAGCGAUCGAGAAUUUUCAAGUUAGAGACGACGACAUCUGGGUCUGUAGUUUUCCUAAAACUGGUACAACAUGGACUCAGGAAAUGAUUUGGUGUAUCGCAAAUGAUUUGAAUUUCGAAGGCGCAAAGGUCUUCUUGCCCGAAAGAUUUCCUUUCUUGGAAUGUUCCAUACUUUUCGAUUAUACCACGAUCAUGGUUCGACAUCCAGAGAUAAAACUACACCAGUUGAUUUCGGAUAGCGUCAGCUACGCGAGCAGUCGAGUCAGUCCAAGAUUCAUCAAGACUCACUUGCCUUUCCGUUUACUUCCACGUCAACUUCGAACAGGCGAAAGAAAGCCGCGAAUCGUUUAUAUCGCUAGGAACCCCAAAGACACUUGUGUCUCGUAUUACCAUCAUUGCAGGUUGAUGGAAGGUUAUCGCGGCGACUUUAACACUUUCUGUCGUCUUUUCUUGGGUGAAAAAUUAUGCUUCGCUCCAUUCUGGGAGCACAUUCUCGACUUUUGGAAGAGGAGGGCCGAUCGCAACAUACUAUUCUUGAAGUACGAGGACAUGAUGUUUGAUCUAUCUACGGUCAUCCAGAAAUCGGCGACAUUUUUAAACAAAACCAUGUCCGUGAAUCAAGUAAAAACAUUAUUGGAACAUCUCAGUUUUGCUAACAUGAAGUCUAAUCCGGCAGUGAACUACGAAGAUGUUGUAGAAAUGAACAAGAAACUAAAAAUAAUCGACGUUGAUGGUGAGUUUAUUAGAAGCGGUAAAGUGAAUCAGUGGCAGGGAGAGAUGUCCGAAAACAUAAUCGAACGAUUCGACCAAUUGACGAAGGAAAAAUUGGCAGCGCAACAUUUCUUUUUCUAA